CUGUGGACAGACGGCCAGCUCCAGACCACACGCCAGCCGUAUCGAGCAGCCGCUGCCCAGAGGACGGAGCUGCUCACCAGGAUGGACCUCAGCGGGGCCUUUGGCAUUCUCCUGGCCAUGGCAGCCUCCUGCCUCCUCUUCCUCCUCUUCUCCUGGAAGAAGAAGCUCCGCAGCCUGCCGCCAGGGCCCACCCCGCUCCCCUUCGUGGGCAACAUGCUGCAAGUGGAUGUGAAGGAGCUGAUCAAGUCCCUGCGAGAACUCAGCCAGACCUACGGCCCCAUGUACACCUUCCACCUGGGCUCCCGGCCCUGCGUGGUGCUCUCCGGCUACCAGGUGCUCAAGGAGGCCUUGAUCGACAAGGCGGAAGAGUUCAGCGGCCGAGGCGACUUCCCUGCCGUCCAGAUGUGGAGCAAAGGCAACGGGAUCGUGUACGGCACCGGAGAGCGCUGGAAGCAGCUGCGCCGAUUCGCCAUCACCACCUUCAAGAACUUUGGGAUGGGGAAGCGCUCCAUGGAGGAGCGCAUCAAGGAGGAGGCCCAGUUCCUGGUGGCCGAGUUCCACAAGACCCAAGGCAAACCCUUUGACCCCACCUUCUUCCUGAGCUGUGCCGGCUCCAACAUCAUCUGCACUCUUGUUUUUGGGGACCGUUUUGAAUACACGGACAAGAAAUUCCUCAUGUUGCUAGACCUCAUCAACAGCAACUGGAAGCUCAUGAGUUCGACCUGGGGACAACUGCUCUUCACCUUCCCCAAGAUCAUGAGGCACAUCCCUGGGCCCCACCGGCAGAUCUACAAGAACUACCUGAAGCUGGCUGCCUUUGUGGGCGAACGGCUGGAGAUGAACAGGCAGACGCUGGACCCCAACUCCCCACGGGACUUCAUCGACUGCUUCCUCAUCAAAGUCCAGCAGGAGAAGAACAACCCCGACACGCACUUCAAUGAGGACACCAUGUCCAAGACCACCGUGAACCUCUUCUUUGCGGGCACAGAGACGGUCAGCUCCACGCUGCGGUACGGCUUCCGCAUCCUCCUGAGGCACCCCGAGGUGGAAGAGAAGCUCCACGAGGAGAUCGACCGGGUCAUCGGCGCGAACCGCAGCCCCUGCAUGGAGGACCGUAGCCGGAUGCCCUACACCGAUGCCGUCAUCCACGAGAUCCAGCGCUACGCCGACAUUGUCCCCAUGGGGGUGCCCCACACCAUCACACGGGACAUUGAAUUCCGCGGGUACCAUCUCCCCAAGGACCUCAACAUCAUCCCUCUGAUCUGCACGUCCCAGUUUGACCCCACGCAGUUCAAGAAUCCCAGCGCCUUUGACCCGACCCACUUCCUGGACGAGAGCGGCCGCUUCAAGAAGAACGAGGCCUUCAUGGCCUUCUCUGCAGGAAAGCGGGUGUGCCUGGGAGAAGGCCUGGCCAUCAUGGAGCUCUUCCUCUUCCUCACCACCACCCUGCAGAACUUCAAGCUGAAGCCCCUGAUGGACCCCCAGGACAUCGACAUCACCCCGGAGUCGACCGGGCUGGGGAGCAUUCCCCGCCCCUACCAGUUCUGCCUCAUCCCCCGGUAGGGGCUGCCGGCGUCUCUGGCCAUGACCCUGCCCACUCCCCCGCCCUCUCUUUGGCCCAGCUGUGGGGCUUCUCCCUCUCGCGGCUUCUCCGGCUUCCAAGGGCCCCCGGCACCUCUCUGCACACGCCCCCCACGGCAGCACCUCCACGCUGCUGCUGGGGCCCCCGGACUGCCUUGCCGCUUCCUUCUCUGGCUGGCGGCAGGCGGGGCCCAAAGCCAACAAAGCAGCACCCGAAGGCCAACAGAGAGGCAGAAGGGUGGGUGGGUGCCGAAAGCCAAGGAAGGGGUUCCGGACUGCAUCGCCUGCGCCGGGAGGGAUGCCCCCCGCAAGGGCUCACUGCCCCAGCUUCACUCCCGGCCGUCCUCCUCUGAAGGAGCACCACCACCAAAAUGGCUCACAAACGCCUCCUCCUCGCCAGCAAAGCCCUCUGCAGCCUCUUGCCCCCUCUGGUUUGGCUCUUGGCCCUUGGCCCAUCCACCCUGCCUGCCCCCUCCACCCUCGCCAUCCCUUUCUGGCUGAAGGGCUCCCUCCUCAGCCCCCUACCCCUUCUCCACGUGGGGCUGGGCUUCUCCCCUUCAUCCUCAUUCCCGGCUGGAACCAAGGCUCUCGCCCACAUUCACUCCUCCCUGCUCUGGUGCUCCCCCCACCCCAUUGUCCUCUAUAGAUUGUAAGCUCUUUGGGGCAGAGACCAGUCGAUUAAAGUGUCCUGUUUAAUGAUG